UGGUAAAUCCCUUAUAUACGGAAUCCAUAGAGUGGACAGAGCCUGGCUUCCUAAGGAACCUAAGAGGGAAAUAUGGAGCCUAAGAGCAAGCCAAAGAUGCGUUCAUGGAUGAGAGGAGAGCAACGCUGGUGCAUGAGAGGUAAAGGGCGGUAACGUGUGUAACUACAGAUGUCCAUCAACCCUGACUUAAGAGAAAGACUUUCUCAUUUGAUUGAAAAACAUCCAUUUGGAUGGGCACAUCUGAAGUCACUAGGAAAGGGCAAAAUUAAUAGUCUAGAAGGAAGAACAUUUCUUUGACUGUCUUGAGAAUACAUAACAGAAAACCAAAAAAGGAAGUAAAAGUGCAUAGAAAUGAUUAGAAAAUGAAAAUUACCAUGUUCCCUAUUUAAUGGCCUCGCUUAGAAAGCAUGGCAUCAGAGAACCUACCUCAAGGUUCCACCAGACGCCGUCUCAGCCAGCCCAGCAGCAGCCGCAUCUUCCCCAUGGCCUUCAUGCUCUCUCUACUCAUGGCCCUGGUGCUGGUCAGUUAUGGCCCGGGAGGAUCCCUGGGCUGUGACCUGUCUCAGAACCACGUGCUGGUUGGCAGGAAGAACCUCAGGCUCCUGGGCCAAAUGAGGAGACUCUCCCCUCGCUUCUGUCUGCAGGACAGAAAAGACUUCACUUUCCCCCAGGAGAUGGUGGAGGGCGGCCAGCUCCAGGAGGCCCAGGCCAUCUCUGUGCUCCAUGAGAUGCUCCAGCAGAGCUUCAACCUCUUCCACACAGAGCGCGCCUCUGCUGCCUGGGACACCACCCUCCUGGAGCAGCUCCGCACUGGACUCCAUCAGCAGCUGGACGACCUGGACGCCUGCCUGGGGCAGGUGAUGGGAGAGGAAGACUCUGCCCUGGGAAGGACAGGCCCCACCCUGGCUGUGAAGAGGUACUUCCAGGGCAUCCAUGUCUACCUGAAAGAGAAGGGAUACAGCGACUGCGCCUGGGAAAUCGUCAGACUGGAAAUCAUGAGAUCCUUGUCUUCAUCAGUCAGCUUGCAAGAAAGGUUAAGAAUGAUGGAUGGAGACCUGAGCUCACCUUGACUGACUUUCACUGACUAAGAUGCCGCAUCAUCCUUGUAUACUCACCUGGGGUCAUUU